UUUUUUUUACUGGCGUCCUCUAUUGCGUAUCAAAGCAACCAAUUUCUCGUUCGAGCUGCCGGUCUUGCGCUCUCUGCUGUGUACCGCAGCCAGUCAGCCAGUUAGCAAGGUUACGAUGGCAUCCGUGUUGACCGCUGCAGCACGGCUCUUGCGGCCUAAACUGCCGGCUGCGGUGCCCAAGUUUGGUGGUUCGUUGUUUUUCGCCAGAGGAGCGCAGUGGUGCCCAGAUGAUGACUUCAUCAAGGAUAUGUCGGGAUUGUAUUUCGCUCCCGAUGAAGAUCAGAAGAAGAUAACCCCGCUGCCGCCGAAUGACUACCUUGAAGGACCCGAGAAGCACGUUCGAAACAUGCAGAUCAAUUUUGGUCCUCAGCACCCUGCAGCACACGGAGUGUUGCGGCUUGUGCUGGAACUGGAAGGAGAAACUGUGGUGCGAGCGGACCCACACAUUGGCCUCCUGCACCGUGGCACUGAAAAGCUCAUGGAGUACAAAACGUACACUCAGGCAUUGCCGUACAUGGACCGCUUGGAUUAUGUCUCCAUGAUGGCAAACGAACAAUGCUACUCGCUCGCUGUUGAGAAGCUCCUCAACAUUGACAUCCCCAAGCGUGCCAAGUACAUUCGAGUUCUCUUUGGCGAGAUAACAAGGAUUCUAAACCACAUCAUGGCCAUCGGAACACACUGCCUGGACAUUGGUGGCCUUACCCCAUUUUUCUGGCUUUUCGAGGAGCGAGAAAAGUUGAUGGAGUUCUACGAGCGUGUGAGCGGUGCCCGCAUGCACGCGGCAUAUGUGCGGCCAGGGGGUGUAGCCCAGGACAUGCCAUUGGGCCUGAUGGACGACAUCUACGACUGGGCCACGAAGUUCAGUGAACGGUUGGACGAAGUCGAAGACCUGCUCACCGGAAACCGAAUUUGGAAGCAGCGCACUGUGGACAUUGGAAUCAUCUCUGCAGAGAAUGCACUCGACUGGGGCUGCAGUGGUGUCAUGCUGCGUGGGUCCGGCAUCAAAUGGGACCUCAGGAAAACGCAGCCGUACGAUUCCUACGAAGACUUCGAGUUCGAUGUUCCUAUUGGGCUCAAGGGCGACUGUUACGACAGAUAUUUAUGCCGAAUGGAAGAGAUGAGGCAAAGCCUGAACAUCAUCUACCAGGCCCUGAACAAGAUGCCACCCGGUCCAGUCAAGACGGAUGACAACAAAUGCGUGCCCCCAUCGAGGGAAGAGAUGAAGACGUCUAUGGAAGCCCUCAUUCACCACUUCAAGCUGUUCACCGAGGGCUACCAGGUUCCUCCUGGUGUAACAUACACUGCUGUUGAAGCACCUAAGGGAGAGUUUGGUCUGUACAUGAUAUCGGAUGGAAGCAGCCGUCCCUACCGAUGCAAGAUCAAGGCACCCGGUUUCGCUCAUCUGUCUGCCUUGGACUUUAUUGGCAAGAACCACAUGCUGGCCGACAUUGUGGCCAUCAUAGGUACGCUAGAUAUCGUGUUUGGAGAAGUCGACCGCUAGCACCCGCACGAUUCGACGUAGGCAUCAGCAGUUUCCUUAGAAACAUCCACAUCUCGUGGCCUGUCGUUGUGGUAAAUAAAUUGUGUAAAUACUGUCAACUGAAUGCUACGCUGCAGGCCUGAAUAAAGGUGUUUGUUUCGGC